AUGUCCCUCCUGACCUGCCAACAGUUUUUCUAUAAAGGCGGACACCCCAUUUCACAAGACCCCACUUCCCUUGACCAUCAACCACCACCUACAUGCACACUGGCACCGAUUCUCAGAGCCCUGCCCCACUGUGCUAUCCAACCUGACUCUGAGGAGAUUCCUGUUUCCCCAGGGAGUUCACUACCAUCAUUGAUGCCUUCAACAAAUGACAUUGACGACAGAGACCAGAUGCCAGAAGGCACUGCUCUGCCUGUACCACACAUCAAUCUCGCAGCACGUGAAAGAGAGAGAUGCCUAGCUGCAUCGGCACAAUCACCAAACCAGUCACCGACCCAGAUCAGUAUGCAUAUAGCCACCUCAGCAGACCUGCCCAGUGAAGAAAUCAACAAGGACGACUUUGAGGACCUCUCUGAUCUUAUCCCCAUCACAGAUGAUGAGGAUGACUCCUUCUCAGACAACGAGAUCUCUUCAGACAAUGACGAUGACCAAGGUGGUUGUUCACCCUUGUCCUCAGACACCGAUAACGACCCUGCACCUCCUGCUGCACCAGCCAUUCCUUCAAAUGCAGAUUCUGCUGAUUCUGACUCUGACUCUGAUUACUCUUUUGUCAAACAUUCUUGCCCCUGUCCCCAUCCCCUAGCUUCUACCAUGUCUGCGGCUGCUACAGUAGAGCAAAACUCAUGCACUGAGGCUCCAAUUCUACAUCCCAGUGUGUACACUAUCAAUAUUCUCAAUGACUUUGCAAAAGCCUUUGAGUCCUUCUUCUUAUACAAAAAGGUCAAGGCUGAGGACCGCAUUCGACUCGAAUCUGCUCGGGAUGAGGCUCCGCUCAUUGAUUGGACAUGGGAGUUUUUCCUGGCUCAGUUAAAGGAGAAAUGGCUGCUGGAUAAUUGGUUCGUGCAGGUGAAGAAGACCCGGAAUGCCAGUCAGGGAAAGCGACCCUGGUUCGAGUUCCAGCUAACGGUCCACAGUGCUAAUGAGAAUUUGGUGGGCCUGGUAAGUUACCUUGACACAGAUGACAUGCGUCUGCAUCUUGAGGAGCACAUGAAUGAUGAUCUGGCUGAAGUGUAUCUCAAGGCGAACCAUAAAGAGGAGCUUGCCAAUCUCAAGGAUAUUGAUAAGUGGAUCGAGGAGGCGCUAUUGGCAGAGAACAUGACACAGACUUUGGGCAAUGCAAUGUCAGCGAAUAAGGCAGCCAGGACGACUCAUGCACAGACCACAGCUUCAUCCAACCCUGACUCAUCCACCACUACAUCUGACACCAAACCCUUAUCCAAUCCAAAGGGAUGCCCUCCACACCUGACUGAUGUAGAGAAGGAGCUGCUGAUGAAGCACCUUGGCUGUUUCGUAUGUCAUCAGUUUUACACUGACCACAUUGGCUCCAGUUGCAAAACCGGUAAUCCUGACCCUACCACCUACAAGACACUCACUGAGGCCGAUGCACUUGCUGCAAAAGCCAUGUAUGAAGCACAGAAAAAGACCUUCAUAGCCGGUAUUCGUGCUUGUCAGGGAGAGUCUUCCACUCUUUCUGAUGAUGAGAAUAUGAUUGGGGAUUCUUCGGAUGCCUCUGCCGGCAAUGAGUACGUUGAUCCCUCUCUUGAACCCUUUCUUAUGACGCCCCAUCUGUGGAUGGAAGGCGAAAUUUCCUCCCCUGCCUUAUCUUCUGCAGUACCUGUGUGGGCACUUAUUGACCAUGGUUCCCCCACAGUUUUGAUUAGUGCUGAGUUUGCCAUCCAACUAGCUUUGAAACAAUGCAAAUUGACAAGACCAAUUCCUUUCUCUUCAAUACUGGAUUCCUCCACCGCUCAGACUCUUGAUAAAUGUGUAUGCUUCAGGAUUAGCAAGAACUCUUGGACUUCCCAUAGAAUAUUUGCCAUGAUUUGUCCUACUCUCCACUGCGACCUCAUCUUAGGCACACCCUUUCUGUACCAUAAUAAUGUAAUCAUUGACCAUGGAAGCCAUUCUGCAUUCGCUGCUGGGUCUGACAUCAACCUCUUGGAUUCAAGACGCCCUUUGAAGACAUCAAUGGUCCCCUCCAUGUCCCCACAAGAAGCUCGCUUAACAGCCAUGGAGGAACAUAAACAUGCAAAUAAGGAGAUCCUGGCCAUCAGGAAGGCUCUCCGAGUUACACAUGCACCUUUGCUCCAUGAGCUGGAAUCGUUGUUUGUCUCCUCAGGCUUGCAUGAAAGGAUGCAUCCCUUUACAUUGGAAUGUGACCUACCUUGCAGGUGUUAG